UUUAUAGGGGGCUCUGCUGCCAUCUGCUGUACGAUAGCGGAAAUGCGAGUUGGUUGCGCCUGUUGCCGCUGUGUAUUUCUCUUCUUCCUGGUUAGAGACUUGCCUCCGAGCUGCCGUUGUCGCCUGACAAUCUCCGAGACCCAAAAAAAAGCAAAGGAAUUCCAAACUGUCGAAGAAUGCCAGUAAACUCCACAGCUGAGGAUUAAAGCGCUCCAGAGUGUUGCCCUCGCCAUCUCCUUUUUUUUCGCAAAUGGCUUGCUGCCUGAAGGACGAGCUCCUCUGUUCCAUCUGCCUCAGCAUCUACCAGGACCCCGUCAGCUUCGGCUGCGAGCACUACUUCUGCCGCAAGUGCAUCACAGAGCACUGGAGCAGGCAGGAGCCUCACGCAGCGCGGGACUGCCCCGAGUGUCGGCGCACCUUCGCCGACCCGCUAUUGUCGCCCAGUUUAAAGCUGUCCAACAUUGUGGAGCGCUACUCGGCCUUCCCACUGGACGCCAUACUCAACGCUCAGAGGAGCCCGUAUCCCUGCAAGGACCACGAGAAGGUCAAGCUCUUCUGUCUCACCGACAAAAGCCUGGUGUGCUUCUUCUGCGACGAGCCGGCGCUUCACGAGCAGCAUCAGGUCACCACUAUUGACGAGGCCUACGAGGAGAUCCAGAGGGAGAUGAAGGAGCAGUUGGCCACCCUGCAGGACAGCGAGAAGGGUCACACCGAGGCCCUGCAGCUCCUGCAGAGACAACUCACCGAGACCAAGUCCUCAGCCAAAGGUCUCCGGGCCACCAUCGGUGACGCCUUCGAGCGCCUCCACCGCUUUCUGCGCGAGCGUCAGAAGAGCAUGCUGGAAGAGCUGGAGAUGGACACAGCACGCAAGCUCACCGAUAUCGAGCACAAGAUCCAGCGCUACAGCCAGCAGCUACGCGACGUCAAGGAGGGCAUCCAGAUCCUGCAGGAGCGCCUCGAUGAGACGGGGCGGCACGACUUCCUUGAGGGGGUGGCCAUUACGUCCGAAAGAAUCAAAGGGAAGAUACAUGAGACCAAUCUGACGUACGAAGAUUUCCCCACAUCCAAGUACAUGGGACCACUGCAGUACACCAUAUGGAAGUCGCUCUUCCAGGAUGUCUCUCCAGUGCCUGCUGCGCUGACCCUUGACCCCAUCACCGCCCACCAAAGACUCAUCCUGUCGGACGACUGCACCAUCGUUGCGUACGGCAACCUCCACCCGCAGCCCCUUCAGGACUCGCCGCGUCGCUUUGACGUGGAGGUAUCCGUCCUGGGCGCCGAGGGCUUCGCAUCGGGGGUACACUACUGGGAAGUGAUGGUGUCGGAGAAGACCCAGUGGAUGAUCGGCGUGGCCAGCGAGACGGUCAGCCGCAAGGGCAGCAUCCAAAUCCAGCCCGGCCGCGGCUUCUACUGUAUCGUCAUGCACGACGGAAACCAGUAUAGCGCUUGCACCGAGCCGUGGACCCGCCUGAACGUGAAGAGUAAGCUGGAGAAGGUAGGCGUCUACUUGGACUACCCAAAAGGUCUUCUCAUCUUCUACAACGCAGACGACAUGUCCUGGCUUUACACCUACCGGGAGAAAUUCCCUACCAAGGUCUUCCCUUACUUCAGUCCGGGUCAGAGCCACGCCAACGGAAAGAACGUGCAGCCGCUGCGAAUCAACACAGUGCGCCUUUAAGACCUGGAAUAUGACAACAAAGAUGUCCGGGAAAUCUGUUCAACAUCUUAACGUUUCUUGUGACUUGUGAAGAUCUUUUAAUGCGAGGAUGGCGCGAGAUAGGAGGGAAAUCGCCGCUUCCUGCUUCUCGUCCAUCUUGAAGCAAUGUGACAGUGAAUGUUACACAGAACAUGAUGAUGUCAUCAUGUUCUCCCCUCCUAUGUCCACCCUGGACCGGCCAACCUAGAGCCAGAAGCCAGAGUCCACAUCCUUAUUUACCAAUCCAGUCCUUCCCUUUUGGAUGUGUGCACCCCCAGUCGCCCACAGACAAUGCUGCUAUUGGUGGAGAAAGGACCUGGUUCUAUAUAUACGUAGUACAUGUCAUGUGACACAUUGGUGGCGCCCCCUAUGGGUUGUGGUCUAAUUGCUAUUACUAUACUGAUGUCCUCAAGGUUUUAUAGUCUAUCUUCAAUAUUUGCUGGGCUGCAUCUUCCGAUUCUCAAUUUAACAGGAUGUCAUCAAAGCCACUGUCUCAUGGUGCAACCAAAAAUAACCCAAAUACGAGUAACACACGUGGAACUGCAUAGACACGUACUAAUACACAUGCAGUACACGACUAUUUUAAACUAAUGUAUAUACCCACAAGGUAUGUUUGGUAGCUUCAUAUUUGGGAAGUGUUGCUUCCCAGCAUACCUUGCGGGUUAUAAAUUGGUAUAAAAUAGUAUUGUUAUUGCAUGUAUAUUAUUGGUGUGUCAGCCUGGAAUUUUUCCACGUGUUUUUGGUUGCACAUUUGGGUUGAUGAUCUCCUUUCGGUUUGUUUUGUACCAUAUGAGUAAGGAGUGGUGUAGAUAUCGAUGAAGAACACCUCCAGGUGCAAGUUGGGGUUUGCAUCAGACUAUUUUCUGUGCAAAUCACGGCAGGUUUUCCCACUUAAAGUCAUGUUUUUAUUAAAAAUGGGCUAAUUCGCAGGGUUGCAAAUGCAAUCUUCCAUGCAGUCCUUCUGACCCGUGAGGUGUAUUUGUCAGAAAAAUGGCAGCACUUGGCGACACAGUAUAAGUAAGGGGUGCAUGAUUUGACACAUUGGCAACCUUUUGUGUGCAGCGGUGUUGGUUUAAAAGUGUUUAAAUGUCUACCCUUCCAACUGGUUUCUGAUGCUACUAAACGAUAUUGAGUCCAGGGUAGGUGCGAAAAUGCUAAUCCGUGUGGCAACGUUGACGACGGUUCCCAUGAGAUUCACACGUAUUUGUCCUCUCCACGUGCCUCCAAGCGCCGGGCUUUAUCAGCACAUGUCCUGCAGAAUCUCCACUAAGAGCCUCUUGUCCUGCAGCCAAAUCCAACAUACUGGUAGAUUUGUGUGUUUGUGUGUAUGGUGGUGGUGGGGGGGGGGUUAGCCAGCCACGUGGCACGGAGGUAUAUUUGCCUCGACUAUCAUUUCCAAUCCAGCAACAAUCCCAUCUGGAGAUCCGAGCACACGCCCCUUGCAUCAUACCAAAAAGCCUAAAUAAUGAAACGCCAUGUUUGCACCUUUUUACCCGUCAGCUCCAGCAGGAUGGGAUUGGACGAGGGUCCAUGUAAGGACAUUCCAAAUGUUUCUUUUUGUUUUCUUUGAAGUUGCAGGGUUUCUGAUGUACAAUCUGCUUUAAAACCAACAGCCAGGACCACCAACCCCCCAACCCCCACCAGGGCCGCAUCCUUGACCAGUUUUGUUUAAAUGUUACAAAUGAGAUUAAUGUAUCUUGCCAUCCAGUCAGUGGGGAUAGAAACAUGUUUAUGAUGAUAAUGACUAUGACACUUUUAAUGAUUAUAUUAUUGAUGAUUGUGUCCUUUAUUAUGGAUGGCCGCUGUGCACCCAUCCACGUGUAAACAAACACUCCUACACUAUGCUGCUGGAGACUGUAAUGUACAAUAAAUGAAUUCAUCCACAGGUUUUUUGUGUACAUUAUUUGCCUAGUUUAAUACAUAAAUACAUAAAAAUGAUAUUUGCAUCACCCGGCGGUGUUUUGAGGUUCGCAAUGUGGAUUAGUUUUACUAAAUGACACGAAUGUCAAGGAAAAAAGCAGGGGGUUAAGAGGGAUUAUACAGUUUUAGAAUGCCGUGUCUGUGGUGGAUGUGUUCAAAUUGUCAGGAAAAUCCAUACACUAGUUGCUGCCGUGUGUGUGUGUAUGUGUGUGUGUGUGUGUGUGUACUGGCAGAAGUGAUGAUGCGUCAUUGUAAGAAUUAAGGAUGCAUUGUGAAAAGGAAAAUGUCAGAAUGAAAAAGGUAAAUCUGUCGUUUCCUGGCGCGGUCACUAAGCUCUUAUUGGAAAAUAUUUGCUUGCUAGAGCGCCCUCUAUUGUCGGCUUUUAUAAUUUUCUUCUUUGCAUGCCAUAUUCUGUGUGUGUGUGCGUGUGUAUAUGUGUGUUUAUACAUACAUAGACACGCACACACACACGUAUGAAUAAAUAUGUGUUAUAUAAUUCAUAGAUUUGAACUCAAAAUGAAAAAGAGUUCAAACCAAAUUAUUAUAUUGAAAGAAAUAAUAUACAUUAUUUUAAAUGACAAAACAAAACUUUAUUUCAAUAGUUUCAAUACAAUUUACAAUUUUUUUUAAUCCGAUUAAGUUGUAGAUUGUUGUUUUUUGAAAAAAAUUAUUUUACCUUUCAUUUUUUUCACAUCUGUGAUGACAGCCACGCCCACUUGUUUAAUUGAACAAACCGUAAUCGCCAGUGUUAAUACUAGUUAAAAAAAAAAAAAAAGUCCCCC